UAGAGUUCGGCAGGAGGAGCAGAGCUCUGCAGGUUCUUCGUUUUUCCCGAUUUGGAUUGACGAAAAGAGGUCCUCACGGCCGCUGCUGGGAUAUUGUUUCACUUGAGGCUGUCGAGCUGUUCCCACAUUUGGUUUUAAUAUAAACUGUGUCCAUUUUCUCCGUGGUUGAGGGGAAUGAGUAACAGGGGAAAUCUACCGUGACUUUUUCGGAGGAGAAAGUGGCCCCCGGUGCCAACAGGGCAGAUAGUUACUGCUGUCUGUCUGUCUGUGUGAGCUGCUGCGCAGAGGGUCAUCACAGGGAGCUGGACCACAGCUCCUGAAUGUUGCCUCGGAAAUAACACCACAGCGCCAAGAUGAACCUGAAGCUGCUCUUCAUAUCCACAUUUUUAGGAGUGUUUUGUUACAGUAAUGCUCAGAAAGAGGGGAAUGAGUGCAUCAAUGCCAAUGCCAAAUACUGCGGGGAGUGCAUCCAGGCUGGAGCCAAAUGUGGCUGGUGUAAAGAUCCAAACUUCCUGAAACAGGGGGAGACUGUGUCGACCCGCUGUGAUGAGCUGCAGUCUCUGAUAAAAAGGGGCUGUGCUGAGGCAGAGAUUGAAAACCCACACGGAACACACAAGAUCAUCAAGGACAAACCAGUGACUAACCGCAGUAAGGGGGCAGAGAAACUGAAGCCAGAGGACAUCACUCAGAUCCAGCCCCAGAAACUCAGCCUAACCCUCCGAUCUGGUGAGCCACAGUCUUUUAACUUGAAGUUCAAACGAGCUGAAGAUUAUCCCAUCGACCUGUACUACUUGAUGGACCUGUCCUACUCCAUGAAGGAUGAUCUGGAGAAUGUCAAGAACCUGGGUACCAGUCUGAGGGUGGAGAUGUCAAAGAUCACCUCUGACUUCAGGAUAGGUUUUGGUUCCUUUGUGGAGAAGACAGUCAUGCCAUACAUCAGCACCACCCCGGCCAAACUGCUGAACCCAUGCACAGGCGAUCAGAACUGCACCAGCCCCUUCAGCUACAAGAACGUCCUGAAGCUGACCGAGGAUGGCAAAAAGUUCAACACACUGGUGGGUCAGCAGCACAUCUCUGGAAACCUGGACUCUCCUGAGGGGGGCUUUGACGCCAUCAUGCAAGUGGCUGUGUGUGGGGAGCAGAUUGGUUGGAGGAAUGUGACUCGUCUGCUGGUCUUCUCCACUGAUGCUGGCUUCCACUUUGCUGGAGAUGGCAAACUGGGUGGAAUUGUGCUGCCUAAUGAUGGAAAAUGUCACUUGGAGAACAAUGUUUACACAAUGAGCCACUAUUAUGACUAUCCCUCCAUUGCUCACCUGGUUCAGAAGCUGAGUGACAACAACAUUCAAACUAUCUUUGCAGUCACAGAAGAGUUCCAGCCUGUCUACCAAGAACUGAAAAAUCUGAUACCAAAGUCUGCAGUGGGCACUCUGUCUGCCAACUCAAGCAAUGUAAUCAACCUUAUUAUAGACGCUUACAAUUCUCUCUCAUCUGAGGUUAUUCUGGAGAACAGCAAGCUUCCUGAGGGAGUGACCAUAGCUUACACAUCCCACUGUAAGAACGGAGUGGUCAGUGAGGGCGAAAAUGGACGAAAGUGCUCCAAUAUCUCCAUUGGAGAUGAGGUCAUGUUUAGCAUCAGUGUGACAUCUAAGGGCUGUCCAAAACAAGGCAAGCCUGAGACCAUUAAGAUAAAGCCCCUGGGAUUCACAGAGGAAGUGGAGAUUACCCUCAACUUCAUCUGUGAAUGUGAAUGUCACAAGGAGGGUGUCAAGAACAGUCCAAAGUGCCACUUUGGCAAUGGAACCUAUGAGUGUGGAGCCUGCAAGUGUAAUGAAGGACGUGUGGGCAGAAAGUGUGAAUGCAGCAGCAACGACGUGGCUACAGAGGACAUGGACCGGACCUGCCGUAAAGACAACGGUACUGACAUCUGCAGCAAUAAUGGAGACUGUGUGUGUGGCACAUGUGAGUGCAAGAAGAGAGACAACCCAGAGGAGAGGUACAGCGGCCCGUACUGCGAGUGUGACAACUUCAACUGUGACCGCUCUGGAAACAAACUGUGUGGAGGGCAUGGACGCUGUGAGUGCAGAGUGUGUAUCUGUGACCCCAUGUGGACCGGAAGCGCUUGUGACUGUUCCCUGGACAACAGCACAUGUAUGGCUACCAACAAGCAGAUCUGUAAUGGUAGAGGAACAUGUGAAUGUGGGAUCUGUAAGUGCACUAACCCCAAAUUCCAGGGUCCCACUUGUGAGACCUGCCCUACCUGUCCAGGAGUCUGUGUUGAGCACAAAGAGUGUGUCCAGUGCCGGGCAUUUGGCACAGGUGAGAAGAAGGACACAUGUGAGCAAGACUGCAGCUACUUCCACCUGAUUAAAGUGAAGGACAGAGACAAGCUGCCCCAGCCCAACGACGCCUCUUACCCUUUGAUGCACUGCAAGGAGAGGGACACCAACGACUGUUGGUUCUACUACACCUACGCUGUCAACAACAACACAGAGAAGGAGGUCCAUGUGGUCGAGACACAGGACUGCCCUGCUGGUCCUGACAUCAUCCCAAUCGUAGCGGGUGUGGUCGCCGGCAUUGUCCUGAUUGGCUUAGCCCUGCUCCUCAUCUGGAAGCUGCUGAUGAUCAUUCAUGACAGAAGAGAGUUUGCCAAGUUUGAGAAGGAGAAGAUGAAUGCCAAAUGGGAUACGGGUGAAAAUCCCAUCUACAAAAGCGCUGUCACGACUGUGGUCAAUCCCAAAUAUGAGGGAAAAUGAUGACAUCAUAGUUUUCAAUGAACUCUGCAAUCAAGUAUUUGGCAUCUGCAAUAUUUAGUUUGUUUGAGUUCUGAGAGGAACUUGUGAUGGAACUUAUGUCAUUUCUUUUUGUCGCUUUAUCAUUAUAAUGUACCAUUCAGCCACUGCAUCUGUAUUUUUACUAACACUUAUGAUUUAUUUGCAUUUGUUUGUAUUUUAGAUGUACAGUAUACAAUAUAUGUAUAUACUUUUAAGUUGCAUAUCUGCAGAGGUUGAUGAAAUGAUGGUGAUUUUUUCCUGCCACAGGACUGGUAUGGGCAGACGAUUUCGCUUUUUUUUUUGUUGUUGUUUGUUAUUUUUUUGUUUGUUGUUUUUUCCACAUUGUGGACAGUAUGGAUAUACAGUAUAUGUACAACAAUUCCUCAGCUUCUGUCUCUGUCUCAGACAUUUAGUCUCUGUAUGUCUGUCUCCUCAUCUGUCUCUGUGCACUGACUUCUUGUGUGUUUCUGUGUGUUCCAGACAGGACCUGAGAUUAAUAUGUAAAUUGUCAGCCAUAGCAGCACAUUAUGUCAAUGUGUGUAUAUAUAGAAAGAACUGCAACGGGAAGUAUUGAAUAAUAUUUAGUAUUCAGCUUACAUCUGACAGUUAUGUUGAAUCACUAUGGAUUCUGCAGUAGUGAAUUGUUGUAAAUGUAGUUUUAAACUGCAGCUUAGAAACAUCCAGUGUUUAAAAUUAUAUUGCACUCUUACUGAGUACUGUUGUCAGUCAUGAAGGACUAAACACACAAGAUGAAUAUUGGUAUCAACUAUCAUUAUGUGUAUCGUUGAUAUACUAUCACAAAGGGAUUGUAUACCACUUGUUAAAAUAAUUAAAUUAUGGCGAUGUUGAACAAUCAAAGGAUUUGUAUAGUUAUGAUACAAGUUGCUAUUAAAUAAUGAAGUAUUGUUGUGUUUGCUAACUGCAGUAACUUUCUUACUCACUCUCAGGUCCUUUCCUGUGUUCUUGUCAAGUACACCAAAAAUCUGUUUUCUGUCAGCUUGUUCAGUCAACUGGUAAACUUGUUUAUGUGAGUCAACUGUAUUAGUUACAUUUUUUAGACUGUAGGAAUGAAUCAAAACUAUUUGUUCAGAUGUCACAUGAAUCACCUCUGAAAUGCUUUCACACCCAAAUACACAAGCCUUUACAGUAUUGUUUUCAAAGUGCCUUUUAUUUCAAUACCAUGUUCUCUCUCUGUGCUGUUUAUGAAUUAUUUAUUAAAUAAACUACAAAAACUGUA